AUGGUACUCGAUGCUUACGCAUUGACAUUAUCUAACUCACCAUUAUCAACGUCAUCAUUAUCGUUAUCAUUAUCAUUACCAUCAUCAGAAAUGCCCAUAGCAGCAGAAAAUCUCGAUCGUUUCUUGAAUAUGCAAAGCAUAGUAGAUUUAAGCAGGGAAUCAUCAACAACUUCACCUAAAGCUCAAACAUUCAAUUCACCGAAUGGAGGGGACUGCGAUGACGUGACAGUACCGCCUGCAGUUGCGGGUUUAGCUCUUUGUAACGGUUGUGGAUACGAGAUCAAGGAGAAGUAUAUGGUACAGGUUGAUGACAACUGCUGGCAUGAGAAUUGUUUGAUCUGCUGUAGCUGCCGGAUUCCGCUCAGCGGUUCAACAUGUUAUUCACGUAGCGGGCAAUUCUACUGUAAAGAGGACUACAUAGUGUAA